ACUGCCCCGAUCGCACGCAUUCGACCGUUCACCAAGAGUCUGGACGACCGCUGACCCAACAGUGACCGGCGCGACUGAGACUCGGACGACACCGGACAGUGUGUGUGUGCUCUUGAGACUGUGGAAGGCAGGCAGGCAGGAGCAGCAGCAGCAGCCGUGACGGGAUGCUGCUCGCAUGGACCUGAGUGUGGCCAAGCGAGCGGCGCAGCCGGCUGCACCGACCACGACAGCCCGUCCGUUUGCCCCCGUGGUUCCAGCUAGCACAGCCGCCGCCGCAGCCGUCGCGAUGUUGCCUCCGUCGCCUCCGCAGGUUACGUUCGGGCCGGAGACUACGCCUCUUCAAGGUCGCGGAGGUCAGCAGACAAGCCCCUUGUACCUGAGCCCUCCACGCCUCGGAGGCGCCGACCUGUCUCCGUACGCACUCAGGCCGUACGACUUCGCCAGGCACCUACUCUCGUCCCAGAGCGCAGUCAGCAAGAUACUCGGUACGUCUCCAGAUUCAUUGGGGCGUUACUACGAGACCGGAUCGCUUCGACCCGGAGUUAUUGGCGGUAGUAAACCCAAGGUGGCAACGCCGGUCGUCGUCGCCAAGAUCGAGCAGUACAAGAGAGAAAAUCCAACCAUCUUCGCCUGGGAGAUACGUGAGCGGCUCAUCUCGGAAGGAGUAUGUAGCAACAGUACUGCACCCAGCGUGUCCUCCAUCAACCGCAUCCUGCGAAACCGCGCCGCCGAACGUGCAGCCGCCGAAUUCGCUCGUGCUGCGGGCUACGCCGGCAUCUACCACCCAUACGCCUUUCCCUGGGGUGCCGGUGCCCCUCCUCCCCCGACGGUGACCCCGGGCACCCCUCACAUCUGGUCCCCGUUUCUGGCCACAGCACCGGGACCUGCCGUCAACCCGGCGCUGGACCCGACGUUGGCAGCCCUCAGGGAGCCUCGACCAGCCAGCGAAGAACGUAAGUUAGACGUGGAACAGGACGCUGUGUACCCUGGUGAUGAAGGAGAAUCGGUCGGAGGAGACCGACCCAAGUUCCGUCGUAACCGCACCACCUUCAGUCCGGAACAGCUGGAAGUGCUGGAGGAAGAGUUCGAAAAGAGCCACUACCCCUGUGUCAGCACAAGAGAACGGCUGGCUUCAAAGACUAAUUUGUCGGAAGCACGCGUGCAGGUGUGGUUUUCCAACAGACGCGCCAAGUGGCGUCGCCAUCAGCGCAUGCACCUCCUCAAGCCCGAUCCAACAGCGGCAAGUUGCUCGCCCCUGAGCAGUUCGCCCCCGUCUUCGCCAGAGCUUCCCCGCGCUAGCCCCUCGCCGCCGGCUUCAACACCAGUUCAGCCGCCAGCGAUACGGAUGGGAGGCGAAAACUCAGCCUUCUCACACUGCAGGCAGCAGACUGGUCACACUUCUUAGGACAACCGGGCACAACCCUGCAGAGGUAUGCGCCGUCUAGCUGGAGCUAGGCACUCUCGUUUUUGGGACAGUCAGCUACGCAGUCUUCAGUGGUGCCAUCCAGUGGAUAUUCGUCAUGUGCUGGACAGCCACAAGCCACAGGGACGCCGUCUUUGACACACCUCUGCUUCCAGAAAGCCACAAGCUCACCAUUUUAAAAAGCUUCGGGCACUAGUGCUGGGCAGAACUACAACCCAACAGAAGUUGUGAAGGCAUCCCUUGUGGACGUUCGUUUUCAGCUAAACGGCGACAACAGCCAGUGACUCUAUCUUCAGUGUACACUCGAAAUGGCCGAAACUGCUAAUGACGCUACGAAUCUGUGGCGCCGUCUUUUGCACCUUUUGGAUUUAAGGAACCACAACACGCAGUGACCCCACCUAAUACUGACUCUGUCGUGGACACUCGCUAAAUAACCGCAACGCCACAGAGCAGUGUCGUCAUCUACAGACACAGACCAAAGAAUCGAGUGUGAUGUGCUGGUGCAAACGCUCGUGCGUGCUUUGGAACAGGACUAGACAUUGUUGCUCCUCUAUUUAUUAAUUACUCUUUUAAACCCGUUGUUGACACUGUUACCGGUGAUCUACAAUCCGCAAUCUGCGUGGUAUCCCUUCAUCCCUCCACUGCACCGACGUAUAUUUCUCACCGAAGUGUCUUUAUAUGUGUGUGCGUGAGUAUGUGUGACUAUAUGAGGCGUUCGUGUUCUUUUUUUUAAUUCUUUACUAUCACGCCUCAUAUGUGUAAAUAGUAGGUAUGUAUUUCCUGCGGAAAACUUAGGCUGCAACUCAGAGUCAAGGAAAGGAACUUGAAUGUUGAUUAAAGUGCCACUCUGAACUGAAGUCUCUUAUUCAUUUGAUUCCGUAAAUGCUGUCAGUGAGCGCAUUUCCACUAAAUUUUUGAAGGAACUGUAGUUUCAGUUUCUGCAAGAGAAAAUGACGUCAUCAUGCGCCGCGCGUUCGUCUCCUAGCAACGGCGCAAGCAUUUCCCCGAUCCGUGUCUCUGGCCUUGGAGGCAGAAAUGUCAUUACGUGGGAGACACAAUUCACACGUCUUUUUUUUUUUUUUCUCAUACUUCUCAAAAUUUGCAACUAAUUUGAUGUUCCUUCCCCGCCACAUAGGGAAAUAAUACCAAAAUAAAUUAAUAAAAUGUAUAUUAACUAAAUCAUAAUAUUAUAAUAUAAAAUACCGAAAUUACCGAGAAUCAUAACGUGAGGCACGGAAAUUGCAAUCGCAUAAAUUAGACUUAGUACGGAGUGGUACUUUAAGCAUAGUAAAACGAAUGUCUUUCCCUUUAAAAAAAAACGUUCUGCGCUGUACACGUCACGAGUCUUUAAAAAUACACCGUUUGUUUUUGUUUUUGUUUUUUCAAAUUUUGCUCUUGCCACAAUUUCUGAGGCUCUUAAAGACUGAGCUGUGUUCACUAUCUCUAUGUGAAAAGUGCGCAGCAUUCACCGAAAUUGAGAUUUCACAAAGUUUACUAUGGCUCUAAGCGGAGAUUUGUUCUAAGCAUGCAGGCCUGGGAAAUUCCAUGUCAGUAUUGGUUCGCAAUGAACUCGCAAUCGUCAUUAUUUUAAGCACGGACUCAUCUGGCUGUCCCUUUGACGCUGAUUAGGACACGUGUUCUCUAUGGGAAUAACCCGUGAACACUUCCCAGAAAUAGUACUAGAAAGUGUUCGCUUUAAUUUCCCGCAUUACUAAUCAUGUUACUCUUUGGCUCUCUUGGGAGCAGACACUCAAUUUCACGGCUGUUAUGUCAUCUUGGUCCAAAAAAGAAGAAACAGGAAAGAACGGGAUUCGGAGAUCAAGCCAUAGGCAUUUAACUUUAAAAGGAGAAAACUUGCACGCAGAGUUAAGCUUUCAUAAAUUAACUGCGAAAAAAAUAAUAGCUUACUGUUUAUUUAAUAUACUCCGUCCGGACUGCCACCUUCACUAUAUGGCGUUUCUCACAGUCCGUACGUACCGAACGUCUGUAUAAUCUGAACAGUGCAUCGCCCACGGAACGCAUCAAUGCCUCGAAAUACGAAGGAAUUAUUUAACGAGGAAUAGCAAGCUGUCCUUUCUGGCUGACUUUUCCUGUCAAAAUAAAUAGAAAUACUAAGGAGCUUUAGUAGAUCAGAAGGUGUUCACGAACACGGCUCCGAGUUUCUUGAUAAGCCAAUCGCUUCGCAGCGGUUGAAAGCACGUUGCUGUCGAAUGUUUUGACGACUUCCUCCGUUGUAUUGUUUUGUACAGUGUUUCCGAUCUACUAAAAUGUCCUAAUAACAUCCUUCCGUCCUUAACAACCCGUUCCUCUACCUCUUUCCUGUUUGUUUGUUUUUCUCCUUUUUCUGGCUCUAUUUUUCCCACCCGCAAACGCGUUUUGGAGUAGCCAGCCAGUCCUGACUGGGUCGGGACUAACAUCUCCAUAUUUUUCUCUCAUUUCCAAUUCCAACAACCCGUUCUCAUCACGACGGUAUGCGUAUACGUGACAUGUAUGUUGUACCGCAGUCGGUGCAGUGGCAAGCGCGGCGAAACUUGAAAGUGUCAGAUGUGGAGUGCAUAUGAUCUGUUUCAGAUACUUCCACAACAGUUCCCUGUUUUAUAUUCCAUUUUGUUCUCCACCUUGCGGCAGGAACUCGCAUCGUUAUAUUUGCCAGUUAAGACGACGUGUGGAAAUACUCCUCCAAUGAUCUCCGGUGACAUGACUUGAGGCAAUAAAGCUACACAGA